AUGACUUAUAAAUGUCAUCAAAUUUUGAGAAACCCUUUAUUUAAUAUAACAGAGAAAUUAAAAAUAGUAGAAGAAAGAGAAUUUACUUACUACUUUAUCAUCCAAUGCUUGUGUUCUCUCCAUGAAUCUUUGAAUAAAAUUAAAUAAGUAAAAGGUUGUAUUUAUUCGAUGAUCAAAAUUUCAAUGUGCAAUCCCUUUCAUUUUUGGUUUGCAAACUCAUUUCACUCGAGAUUUAGAAAUAGAUCCAGUUAAACGUACAAAGUUGUCUCCUUUGAAUUAACCGUAUAAAUCCAAAUUAAGUAUACUUCAUCCAAUUUUUUUUCACUUUUUUCACCAUUCUUACAUAAGAUAUUAGUUUUUGGAAACUAUUCAGUUAAAUCAACAAGUAUUUUAUAAACUUACUUUUUCGCUUAUAAAGUAUAAACUUAUUUUUAAGCUACUCUAUAAUAAUUAAUUUAUCCGUCGAUAUCUGAUGCAGCAGAUAGAAAUGAAGAUUCUACUUGA